AUGCCUAAAGUUUUCAGUGCCAAGGUCAAGAAUAUUCUUUCUGGAGACACCCUCGUGCUGACUCCUCCCAAUAACGCCAGCGGUUCCGAAAGAGUCUUAUCAUUGGCUCAUAUUCAUGCUCCACGUAAUGGUGAACCAUACGCUUUCGAAUCGAAAGAACUGUUAAGGACAUUAUUGAUUGGAAAAGUGAUCAAGUUUUGGAUAACCUAUACUACUAGCACUGGAAAGGAAUUUGGUGAUAUUUCUGCUCCAAUUUUUCCGAGCUUGGUGGAGUAUGUGUUGGAAAAGGGAGGUGCUAAACUAAACGAUAAGUUUGACGAUGAAGAAUACGAUCAUCUACGAGAAAUCGAAGAGAAAUCCGCGGCAGAAAAGGUGGGACUACACGCGGAUGACGUACCGUCCAUCUCUGUGCUUUCAAGUGUACCUAAUGAUUCAAUUGGCGAAACAUAUGACAGUAUUAUCGAAAGAGUAAUCUCAGGAGACAGGCUCAUUGCUCGCAUCAUUUCGAACGAUAAGGAGCACAUUAUUUUGCCUAUACUAAUUGCAGGUGUUCGUGCUCCUAGAACUGCCUCUUCGGACCAACCUGCUGAACCAUUUGGAGAAGAAAGCAAAAUAUUUGUGGAAACAAGAUUAUUGGGCAAGUCAUUGAAAGUAACUCCCUUAGGCAACUCAUCCUCUGGAAUUCCAGUGUGCAAAAUUAUUCAUCCUGCUGGUAACAUUUCUGAUAGACUUUUGGAAUCAGGCUUGGCCGAAGUCUCGGAUUGGCAAUCCACUUUGGUUGGAUCUCAAGGUAUGUCACACUUCCGAGAACUGGAGAGAAAAGCCAAAACUAGUGGCCAAGGUAUUUGGAAACAAUCCUCCGACUCUGUCGUCACCGCUCCUAGAUCUACUUCAAACUCUUUGAAAAUUGGUUCAGUCUUUAAUGCGACUAUUUCUCGUAUUAUCUCCGCUGAUACCCUUCAACUGACCCUGCAAGAUAACUCAGAGUUAACAGUUCAGUUAGCUUCUUUGCGUGGUCCCCGUCAAAUGGAUUCCCCAACAUUUGUACCAGUUGCACGUGAGUUUGUACGUAAGCUGGCUAUUGGCGAUCAUUCAAAAGUCAAAGUAGAAGCUAUCAGACCAAAAAGCGAGCAACUUGAAGAAAGACCUUUGGUCUCUAUUACGUUGAGUAAUGGAAAAAAUCUGUCUACUUUAAUAGUUGCUGCAGGCUAUGCAAAGGUGAUCAAACACAAGAGAGGUGAUGACGACAGAUCUUCCGACUGGGAUCUUUUGGUUGAAAAGGAGGCUGAAGCUAUCUCCAAGAAACUGGGAUUGCAUGGUAAAACCCCUGAUGCUGAGAGGAUAGUUGACGCUAGUGAAAAACAAACCAAAGCCAAAACGUUCUUCAAUUCUUUGCAAAAUAGGUCGCGUAUUUCUGGUGUCGUAGAACACGUAUCAGGGUUUAACAGGUUUAAAAUACUUCUCCCAAGGGAGGGUCUCAAGUUGACCUUGGUUCUAGGAGGCCUCUCCAAUAGCUCUGUUCCAAGAGAUUCACCUUUGUACAAAGAAGCCUCGAGUUAUGUUUCUCAAAGAGCUGCUCAAAGAGAUGUUCACUUUGACGUCUAUGGAAUGGAUAGAACGGGUGCAUUCAUUGGUAAUUUGUACCUAUCAAACGAGUCAGUUCCGUUACAGCUAGAUUUGUUGGAACAUGGAUUUACUGAAGUGCACGGGGGUUCAUUAGCACAAACCAAGUUUGAACGCCAAUUCUUGGAGGCUGAAAAACUAGCUCAAGAGCAGAAGGUCGGUGUUUGGGAGAACUACGAAGCUGAAGCUCAACUUGAAGAAGUCAUCGCUCCAGUAGAAAACCUGACAAUCGAUAAGAAAUAUCUAGAUGUGAUUAUCACUGAUAUUUCUGAUAAUGGAGCCGUUUCUUAUCAGAUCUUAGACUCUAAUCAAGCAAAACUUCCUGCAUUUAUGGAACAAUUCCACGCUUAUUUUAGGACCAACAAACCGUCAUUGUCAAGGCCACCCAAGGUAGGUGACUAUGUUGCUGCUAAGUUUUCGGAGAACAACAAGUAUUACCGUGCAAUUGUUACCUCAGUUGACAAAACGAACCAUACUUAUGAAGUAAAACACAUUGACUAUGGAAACACCGACGUAUUAACAUCCUCUUCCUUUUUGCUUGCAUUACCUUCUCAGUUUGAUGCUAACAGUUUACCACCCCAAGCUCAUUCUGCGCAGUUAUCGUUACUGAAGUUACCGCCUAGCCAGCCCAAGGAUUAUCUUUCGAAAGCACUUGAUUACUUUGCUGAUCUGACAGCUGGUAAGAACUUAGUUGCUUGUGUGAAUUUCCCCAACCCAACUUCCGAUAUUGAAUCCGAUGUAACUUUCUACGAUGGAGAGAAGAUUAAGCAAGACAUUGUUUACCCUAUCAACAAUGAGCUUGUACGAAAUGGACUUGCAAUUGUUAAAAAGCAGCUCACACCAAAGGAGAAACUCCUUUCAACAGAGUUGGAGACGUUACAGAAACUGGAGGCAGAUGCUAAAAGGAACCAUUUGGGAUGUUGGGAAUUCGGUGAUAUCAUCGAAGAAGACCUAUAA